GCCCUUUUAAAAUCAUAAAAUGUAACAGCUGGUUAAUAUUCUAUAUAUAGAAAUAUACAUGCUCUUUCAUAAUCAUGCCUCAUUUCUGAUUAUAUAUCAUAUAUCUCUUGCAACAUUUUUUCAUACAAACAGAAUUCAUUCAGACGAAGAAAAAUGAAAAGAAACUGCAAUUUGGAGCUCCAACUCGUUACACCGUCAUCUGUGUUUUCACGUUCAUCGGAUAAUAAUGGCCGAUACAUGAACACCACGCUUGAUGAGGAGAGACCAAACAAGAUCACGAAGCCGUUGACUAUUUUCUACAAUGGAAGAGUUGCUUCCUGUGACGCCACAGAGCUUCAGGCCAGGGAAAUUAUAUUUCUUGCAAGUAAAGAAAUGGAAAAGAAAUCGAAUAGUGGGCUUGGACUUAGCCCAUAUCCGUCGCCGCUGCCCAAUUCACCCAUUUCCAGCCCAACACUGAAAACAUCACUGAAGAGGUUCCUUGAAAAGAGGAAAACGAGGGCCCAAUCAGUGAAUCCUUGCACGAAUAUUAGGCAUAACACUGAAAAUUAGCAUCUGGUUUUGGAGUGGCUUUAUCAAUUAUUCAGUUCUUUCAUAAAGUUAUGAUGAUCUGUGUGGAUUUUUUUUAAUCCCAAAUCGGGAAAAUUUUGAUAGGAUCGAUUUAUCGAAUUCGAACCAUCGAAUCGCACGCACAAGCACAAACAUUUGUAUGUAUAUCGAUCUGACGAUUUGGAAUUUUACCGACACAGUUUGGGUAAAUGCCAUCCACAACUCAAAUAGUUAACACAUUGAACAUAUUUGUUGUUUUAUUG